CCAACCGGUCUGGGGAGCGAGGCGCGCGCACGUCACUCACUCGAGCUCGUUUCUUUCCCCUCGCGUCCGAGUGCUCGCUCGCUCUGGCCCGCCUGGAACCCUUUUUUCUUUCCCCUUGUGAUCUCUUUUUAUUUAUCUAUAAAAGAAAGGAAUGGUCAGGAGGAGGAAAAGAGAUUAAAACGAUUGUGAAGAACUCUACCAGUGCACUAACCUCGUCCCUCCCCUGCUGGAGCUGCGGCUAGUGACUGACUGACAGCUCGUGCGACCGUCAGUUGGUAGUGGGACGUUCAAGUGAGUGUCAACUUCCUAAGGAGGCUCCGGCCCGGUGUGUGAAGGAGGAGGAAGGACUUGAAGAGCAUUUUGAAGAGCCAGACCUCUCAAGACUUGUUUGAAUCGACUUGCCUGACAGCGCGUGUCCCCGGGCUGCGACGCGGAGGGCUGGGAGCGAACGCGGCUGAUACGAGACUUCGCUACUUGGUGAAGAGUCACUUGGUUCCCUCUUCGUAGUCACUUGAGGCGCUGGUGGGCAGGAUAAUACUCAAGGGUGACCUGCGCCUGCCUCCUCCACCCCCGCCCCUCCUGCACUGCAGUUUGACCGGAAGAGUGAGUGCGGCAGCGCGCGCGUCCUUUCGCUGUGCUUUCAGUGAGGACUUAGUGGUAAUUGACGCUUUGGGUGACGAGCCUUCAUUCAUGAAGGGAUUCUUUCGUUUUCUGUAUAGAGACGGGAAGGAUUGAGCCACUGCGUCCGUUUUUCCUCCAGGAAAAGACGCUUUCUUGUGACACGCUCAGUGCCACGAAGGGGAGUUUCUGCGUCAGCGCAGGAACCGCGCGAGUUCGGAAGAAGUUUUACCAGUCAGGACCUCGCCCGCACAACACCCACCAUGAUGAUGUCCGGCAGCAUGCCACCCACGGCGGGGGGAAUGGGGGUGAUGGGCGUGAUGGGCGGCUACCUCGGAGGUGUGGGCGUGGGAAGGGAGUAUUUGGAGGGAGGUUCAGUGGGCGUUGACCCUUCCGUGUGGGUUCCGCCCUUCUGGGAAGACCCUCACCUCUCGGACGGACACCUGCAUGACCCGAACAUCCCCGAAGCCGCCCACAUGGGUGAGCCGCCCACCAUGGGUGAGGUGGGACCCACAGACCUCAUGGAUGCGUUCCCUCCACAAUCACAGCAUGACUACAUCAUGGGCGACUCCGUGAUCGUGAAGGAGGAGGACGGUCUCAAGGACGACUACGCCAAGUACAAGGAGGACUAUUUCAAGUACAAGGAGAAUUAUGCGAAAUACGCCAAGGAGGAAGACUACCUGAAGGACGAGUCUCCGUACAUCGAAGGAGGAGGAGGAGGUGGAGGAGGAGGUGACGGCGGAGGCGGAGGUGAAGGAGGAGGUGGAGGAGGAGUCGACGGAGGGAUUCAGAUGGUUGGCGCCGGAGGAGGACUCGUCGGGGUUGGAGGAUCACCCUUGACGUCGACCUCCUCCUCGAACACCUCUCCGUCGGGCAGCUCGCUCUCGGGAGGGUCCUCGGGUCCUCCUCUCACCUCCCCCCACGUGCAGCAGCUGAGUUCCCUGUGCCCGCCCUUUCCCGAGGCCCACCUCACCUCCCUCUCCGGGCCCAAGGACGACUCGGAUAAGAAAGGCGGCCACAGCGGGGACAAGAGCAAAAGCAGCGACGGUCACAAGCCCAAGACGAAGAGAAAACCGCGGGUGCUUUUUUCUCAGGCGCAGGUGUACGAGUUAGAGCGAAGGUUCAAGCAGCAGCGCUACCUGUCGGCGCCGGAGCGCGAGCACCUAGCGGGACUCCUGAAGCUCACCUCGACGCAGGUCAAGAUCUGGUUCCAGAACCGCCGCUACAAGUGCAAGCGGCAACGCCAGGACAAGAACCUGGAGCUCACCACGGCCGCCGCCGCCGCCGCCGCAUCCAUGGCCUCCGUCACGUCCCCGCGCCGCGUCGCUGUGCCGGUCCUGGUCCGAGAUGGAAAGCCGUGCCCAGCAGGGUAUCCGCCUACCUACCCUCCGGCCUACACCCCCCCUCAGUACUCCCCCCCUGCCUACCAGUGCCCCUACAGUGCCCAGACAUACCAACAGACACAGACGUAUAACCAGCAGACACUUCGCACGUGGUGAAGAGGAGGAGGAGGGGGUGAAUAAGGAAGGGAAAGAGGAGAAGGAAGGGAGAGAAGAAGGAAGGGAGAAGAAAAAAAAAGAAGAGAAGAAGAAGGAAGAAAUAGAUGAAGAAGGAAGGAAGAGAAGAAAAAGCGAAGAGAAGAAGGAAGGAAGAGACAAAGGAAAGAAGAGAGAAAGAAAGGAAGAGAAAAAAGAAAAGAAAGAGAAACUGACAAGGAAAGAAAAUAAGAGAUAAGAAGCCUAUUGUGUUCAAAAAUUGAGAUUGCCGGGAAAGUGUUCACUUGCUGCGACUGUUCAGUGUAGGAGAGAACGCGGAGGAAAAGGAAGAGAGAGAAAGAAAAGAAAAAAACGAUUACUCUUUUUCGUUGAACUUGAAGAAGUUUGAAAAAUGAAGUCGUUGAACAUUUUUUUGUGUGUGUGAAACUAUAGUGGAAGUUUGUGGGAUCGAAUACGCGAUUUUAUUUCUUUUUUUAUUAUGUACACGAUAAUUCUUUGCUUUUUCUUCUUUGCUUUCUGUAUUUCUUUAUGCUUCUUCAUCUCCCUUUUUCAUAAAUAAUUUUCAUCUUCUUCCUCUUCUUCUUCUUCUUCUUCUUCUUCUUCUUCCUCUUCUUCUUCUUCUUCCUCUUCUUCUUCUUCUUCUUCCUCAUCUUCUUCUUCUUCCUCUUCUUCUUCUUCCUCCUCUUUUUCUCUUUCUUCGUCUGCUUCCUCUUCUGUUCCACCUUCUCCUCCCUCCUCAACCUCCUCAUCGUCAUUCUGAUUUUUUUUCAUUAUUACUACAAAAAACACUACCACACAAAAUAUAAACACGCCAUCAACAAAUACAAGAAAACAAGAAAA